UACUAGCACUUCAAGGGGGCCCUGUGCAGCUCAAAGUAAUCAGCCUUUCAUGCUAUAGCUGCCUGUUUAUCUAACGGGUUCAGUGAAGGAGCAAGUAAUGGCAUAAUCCUAAGGGUACUCCGGGAAGUAACUGUCCCGAACAUCUAUUACCUUUCCAGAAAACUAGGAGAGAGAUACAGUUAGAAAAAAACCUGAAGAGAGGAAUGGCCACAGGAUUUCUACCAAGUGCUUGAGCUACUAUUUUAAUACCAUAAGAGGCAAAGACUUUUUUCUUAGCAUACGUGCAGGAUUGUUUAAACCAAGAAGAUAAAGAAAACAGAAACGAGGACUUGGAAAAUCUAACAAAUGAAAAUGUUGGAGAUCUGUUUAAAGUGGGUGGGCUGUAAAUCAAAAAAGGGUCUGUCGUCAUCCAUCUGUUCUUUGGAAGAAGCCCUUCAGAGACCAAUUGCAUCAGACUUUGAAUCUCCAGGUCUGAGUGAAGCAGCUCGUUGGAACUCCAAGGAGAACCUUUUAACUGGACCAAGCGAGAAUGACCCCAAUCUUUUUGUUGCACUGUACGAUUUUGUUGCCAGUGGGGAUAAUACUCUUAGUAUAACCAAAGGUGAAAAGCUUCGAGUAUUGCGUUACAAUCCCAGUGGAGAAUGGUGUGAGGCCCGUAGCAAAAACGGGCAAGGCUGGGUUCCCAGUAACUACAUUACUCCUGUCAACAGCCCAGAGAAACAUUCUUGGUACCAUGGGCCAGUGUCUCGUAAUGCUGCAGAGUACUUGCUAAGUAGUGGCAUCAAUGGAAGCUUUUUGGUUCGAGAGAGUGAGAGCAGCCCAGGGCAAAGGUCUAUAUCACUGAGAUAUGAAGGAAGGGUAUACCACUACAGGAUCAACACUGCGUCUGAUGGAAAGCUGUAUGUUUCUUCGGAGAGUCGGUUCAAUAGUUUGGAUGAACUCGUACAUCACCACUCAACUGUUGCUGAUGGACUGAUCACCACUCUGCACUACCCAGCUCCCAAACGCAACAAGCCAACGGUCUAUGGGGUCUCACCUGACUAUGACAAGUGGGAGAUAGAGCGCACAGACAUCACUAUGAAGCAUAAGCUGGGAGGGGGCCAGUAUGGGGAGGUGUAUGAAGGCGUAUGGAAAAAAUACAACCUUACUGUGGCUGUGAAGACCUUGAAGGAGGACACUAUGAAAGCAGAGGAAUUCUUGAAAGAAGCUGGAGUCAUGAAAGAAAUUAAGCAUCCCAACCUGGUUCAGUUGUUGGGGGUGUGCACACGUGAACCUCCUUUUUACAUUAUUACUGAGUUCAUGACUCAUGGAAAUCUGCUGGACUACCUGCGGGAAUGUAACCGCGAGGAAGUGGAUGCAGUUGUGUUGCUUUACAUGGCCACCCAGAUUUCAUCAGCAAUGGAGUAUUUGGAGAAGAAGAAUUUCAUCCACAGAGACCUUGCUGCCAGGAAUUGCCUUGUAUCAGAAAACCACACAGUUAAAGUGGCAGACUUUGGACUGAGUCGAUUGAUGACAGGAGACACAUAUACUGCACAAGCGGGAGCUAAAUUCCCCAUCAAGUGGACAGCACCCGAGAGCCUUGCUUACAACAAAUUUUCAAUCAAGUCUGAUGUCUGGGCAUUUGGUGUCUUGCUAUGGGAAAUUGCCACGUAUGGCAUGUCUCCAUAUCCUGGUAUUGACCUCUCCCAGGUGUACGAGUUGCUGGAGAAUGGAUAUCGCAUGGAUCGUCCAGAAGGCUGUCCUGAAAAGGUUUACCAGCUCAUGGAAGCCUGCUGGCAGUGGAACCCUGGAGACCGUCCUUCAUUUGCUGAAAUACAUCAAGCUUUUGAGACCAUGUUUCAAGAGUCCAGUAUCUCAGAAGAGGUUGAGAAGGAACUGGGAAAGAAUGGAGCCCGAAAUGUAGUUCGCCCCUUCCUGCAAGCACCAGAACUUCCUACAAAAACCCGAGUCCCAAAGAAAUCAUCAGAGAGCAGGGAUGCAUGUGACACCCUCGACGUGUUCCACUGUCGAAACCAAGGAGAGCAUGAUUUUACAGACCAAGAAUCAGCAGUUUCUCCACUACUUCCUAGGAAGGAAAGGUCUCCUCUGCAGGGCUGUUUAAAUGAUGAUGAGAAUCACCUUUUGAAAGAUAAAAGAACUGGCGGUAGCAUCUUUGGUGGGUUGAUUAAGAAAAAGAAAAAGGUAGCCCCAACCCCUCCACACAGGAGUGUUUCCUUCAAAGACUUACCAUCCGAAAGAAAGAGAGAAGCUAAUGAGAAUCAUGUCGGUAAUAGGAAUAUUGGCAGCGGUGCUGCUUUGAUUACUGCUAAUGAUGUAGACCCUACUAAAUUUCAGAGUUCCAGCAGUCGUGUGACAGGUCCAUUAAAAAAGUGUAGUCCAGUCGCCCCUAGUAAAUCUGCAGCCAUGGAUGAUGAGUGUGUUAAUUCGACAUCUAAUAAAUGUUUUUCAAGGUCCAAUUCCACCUCAUGUAUGCCUCUUGGUUCCCUGGAACAGGCAAGAACAGCACUUACUCUACCUAGAGAUCCACAGUCCUCAAAAAUGUGUGAUUCUGUUUCUGCUGCUAGUAAAAUUGAUAAACCAGCUUUGCCACGAAAAAGGACAAGUGAGAAAACUGAUACUCUUUCCAGAGUAGUUAUUAAUUCAACUCUGCGUUUACCCCGAAAAACAGAAGAGGUCAUCGAUGAUGCUUCAAAAGAUGCAGAAUCUCCUCCCAGUUCUAGUGCUUCAUGCCUGGCAUCUAAGCCAGUAAUAAAGCAGUCAGUGCUUCCUCCAAGUCAAUCAGCUAAGGAGGAGCUUGUAAAAUCUAUUGCCUUAGCUACUGCUUCUGCGCUAGAUCAGCAGUCAUCCAUCACUUUAUCAUCGGGAAAACAGAACUUUUCUAAAACUUUAGCUGAAGAUCAGCGAUUGUUGCGAUCCAAACAACCCUCUGAACAGGCAGUGAAAGACAAGAAAAAACUUUCAAAGUCUAAACCAGUACCCCCACCUCCCCCAUCAACUGGGAAGUCUGGAAAGCCAUCAAGAAGUAGUAGCCAUGAAACUGCAGGAGAAGCAUUUGGAACGAAGGUCAAGCAACAAGCUCAGGGAGCAGAUUUAGUGAGCACUGAUGUCAGCAAGCCAUCUGGUGAUGGUUUAAAGAAGUCCGCUGUGUCUUCUGUAAUUAAGUCUCAGUCUCCUUCCAAAUCAACAGUUGGCGGGGCUGCUGUAGUAACCAUACCAGCUGUAGCCUCCUCUCCAACUGUGCCACAGAACACAAGUGCAGAUCAACAGUCCUCUACAGCCUUUACUCCCCUGAUAUCAACCAGGGCUUCACUGCGGAAAACACGACAACAGCCUGAAAAAAUUGCCAGUGGAACUAUUACAAAGGACCUUGUCUUAGAAAGUACUGAGGCACUGCGGGUCACCAUCAACAAGAAUUCAGAGCAAACAUCUAACUACAGUGCUGUCUUAGAGGCUGGUAAAAACCUCCAUACGUUCUGUAUGAGCUAUGUGGACUCAAUUCAACAGAUGAGAAAGUUUGCUUUCCGAGAGGCCAUCAACAAGUUAGAAGUUAAUCUUAGGGAGCUACAGAUUUGUCCAACCAGUUCUGGAGGCCCUGCUGUAACACAGGACUUCAGCAAGUUGCUGUCUUCUGUCAAAGAAAUCAGUGAUAUUGUCCAGAGGUAGCAGAUGAAACACAUUUGUACUGGAGUAGUGAGGUGUUGUAUCCUGCCUGCAGACCUAAUAUAUUAAUAGCAGUUGAAGAUGAAACUGAAGGCACAGGCAUAGGCUAGAACAGCAGGGGAAGGUGACACAACUCAUCUUUGCUUCUCAUGUCGUAAAACACUGUUAGCCUGAGACUGACUUUGGAAGAUUAUUCUAGGGAGAGUAGGUCCUAUCUCUCUGUGGUAGAACCUCUCCUCCAACAUAUUUUUCCUGUUUUUAAAUUACAUGCAACUCUAAGAAAGCUCAUUAGUAACAGUACUUGACUGCUUAAUACAGAAGGUGAUUUGAAAAAUACAUAGCUUAUACAAGUAAGGCAGCCAGAUUUUUAUUAACACAGAAGAACAGUGAUAUUCUAAAAGUGUACUGAAAAGCUAAGUGAUCUAAGCAGUAUAAUUUUCUGAUGGUUUAUACAUGCUGUUUUCCCUUACAUGUCUUACUUUUUAAGAAAUGUUUUAUUUUCCCAGCAUUUCUACUGGUGGGGAUGGCUAAGUAAAACCACUUGAGUAAGAUGGGCGCACAGCAUGGAGUUGCAGGGUUCAGAUCUGUGUAGUCACUGGUCUAGCAAAGUUCAGCUGUCCAGUGCCUGCAAGGUUGUAACAGAGGGUUAACCAUUUCUGAUCCCUCUCUUGCUGCUGUAGACUUGCACUGCUUUGUAAACCAGCCACUAGACUACUACUAGUCUUGCAUAUCAAGAUUAGGAUUGAAUCCAGCUUCUUGCUUGUAAAAUUGUUGCAUUACUUAUGAAGUCCAUAAAAUCCCGAUCUGUUAUUGAAAGUAGUUACCGACUGUACUUAUUAGUGUGCCAGAUUUUUACUAGACAGGCUGAAACACUAAAGUAAACAUAUAAUGUGACUAAAACUGAAAAAGUUUAUUUCAGUUUUACCUGCUUAAUGUAGCCAGUUUUCACAUUCUAACCCUAUCACAUGCAAACUUUACGUAACCGAUACUGGUGUUUUGUUGUACAUUCUGUUAUGUUGUUUUACUUGUACAGUUUUGAAUGUCUGCACUGUCAGAAAAUAACGUGGUUACUUCUCACUCUAGUGCCUUUUCACUCAGGACUUGAAAAAGGUAACUGUGGAAGAAAGCACAACUGUACUUUGUUUUCGUUAAAUGUGCUUGCCUAGUUCUAGCAAGUUGGAGAAAGAAGUGAAUUUAAAAUCUUUCUGCAGUUUUUGGGGCUGUGUUGCCCGUACAAAGCAGCAGAUUGUUGCAGUGUUAUAUGUGAUCGCAAUUGCUGAAAGACUUAAGUGUUCCAGAUGAACUGGUAGGCAUAAUGGAAGUGGUCCGUACUACUCUUGAGUGCAUCCCUGGGAUGCCUUUGGAAGAUGGCCUUUAAUCUGCUUAAAAUGAAAGGUGCUCGUAAUAGCCAUUUUGAGAGUUUUACAGCAACCCUUUCUUUUGUUCUUUGUUUUGCUUGUUUCAUUGUACUAAGUAAAAUAGCCGCUAACGUUUGCCAUGAGACUUUGUGAGAAAAAAGUACUUGCUGAUCUUACCAAGAAGUGAAAGUGGAAUAACCACCACAGAAUUGAUCCAUGAAUGGAACCCAUUUGCAAUACUUCUGCAGUGCAUUAACUUUAUAAAAUAUGAAACUUGGAAAAGAUGUUCAUUGUUUGAUAAUCUAACAAGAUUGUAUUAUACCACUGUACAUUAAUAACCAGACUUUUAAUACUUUUUUAUCUUUUGGGAUUCUUUUAUACCAUUUAGUUUCCAUUCAGUAUUACUUGUUGCAUUUUUUGUCCUCACAAGUUCUUCUGACUUGAAACAGAAAGAAAAAAUGCUCUUGGAUGCCUUUUAUAGAUACAGAAAUUAACAGAUUAUUUUUGUUAAGGUACUGUUUUACGUUUGACAGUAUAUUGUGCCACUCUUUUUCAUGAAUUUGUAUCUUACUAUUACAAGCAUUUGUAGACUGUUUUCACAGAUUCAUUUUUUGUGUAAAUAUAUGCCUUUUCUGUAAUGUGUACUGUGCAAUGUUUUCUCUUUGGUGAAAUAUAGAAUUGUUUAAGUACUUGA